UUAAAAACUAUUAAAUAUUUCAUUUUAUAUUUUGUUAUUAAUAAUGUACUGUGAUAAAGUUAUAGAAUUAUUAAAAGAGUUGGAACGUUCUCGUGAAGAUACUAUACCUCCGUACAAUAAUGAUGGAAUUAAUCAAGUUCUCUCUGAAAUGAAAACUUUAGAUACUGAAAUUAUAGAUAUUGUACGUAAAAAUGAAAAGGGCAAUUGGCCUACAAAUGCAAUUCGUUUACGACGUGCAGCUAUUGAAAGAAAUAAAAGAUGUUUAAUGACUUACAUCUGGACUAGAUUGCAACGGUUAAAAGAAAUGAGAUGGGAGAUUGGUGCUAUUUUACCUUCAGAUGUAAGGCAGAAUCUUUCACAGUCUGAAAUCGAAUGGUUUAAUAAUUAUUGUAAAUCUCUGGUGUCAUACAUGAAGACAAUUGGAUCAGAUACUGGAUUAAACUUAAUUGAAGAUACUAAACCACCAAAAUCACUUUAUACUGAAGUAAGAAGUUUAGUUGAUGCUGGUAAGUUAGAGUUAGAAAGUGGAGAAGUCUUAAUUUUAAGAAAAAAUAGUCAAUAUAUGUUAUCAAGGUCACAAGCUGAGCCACUAAUCCGUCAAGGUGUGUUGGAACAAGUUAAACAUUAAGUUUAUAUUUAAAAAAAUAUAAGAAUUAUAUACACAUUUUAUUUUGAUUAUAAUGAUAUUUA